AUGUAUAUUUUAUGUUUCAGUAAAAUCAGAAAAAAAAUGCAUCUCCCUACAAGCCGUUUUUUGUUCAUUAUCCAAAUAUCAUUGUGCAAUGCAUUUGAGAAUUGUACCUCGAAGUCAAUUUUUACUAUUCCUGGCAGAAAAUAUUUUUACGCUGCAAUGUAUCCAGCGGCGUUUGAUAUGGAAACUUACAACGCAACCUGGUACGGGAUGGCUACUGAACAAUUUAAAACAUCUCCUAAUUUAAAACGAUUUAUCGGCCUAUUAGAAUUUUUUGUUUGCGAUGAUAUAGAUAUCGCCAGAAAGUCAAUUCUUCAUCUUUUACUGGACAGUUCGUUCGUUGAUGAAAAAGGAAACUCCUUGAUUAUUUCAAUCGAUAGCUAUCUGUCUAAUAAAGUAUCAUUGGCUAUUGCAGAUAUCCUUUUACCUUUCAAAAUAAUACUAAAAACAUAUUCAAAGUACGAGACACGUGUAGAUCCAAGCAAAUAUCCAAAUUAUUCUCAAAUCAACAUAAACAGCUUUGGAGAGAAAGUUGUUUCAAUAUUGAAAAAAUUUCAUCUUAACAACAUCGUUUUCAUUUCUUUUGUGCGGAGCGAAGAUGAUAACGCCUUUAAAGAUAUUUGGCUAAGUUUGAUAGAAAACAACUUAGAAAUGUGCGUACAACGGUAUAAUAUUUUAUACAGUGAUUCAGCUCGUAUGAUAGAAGUCAUCGAGAUGAUUAAAGCCAACCUCGAGCAAAAAAUUAUCAUAUGUUAUGGCUCACAAGACAGGUACAAUUCAUACUUUCUUAACCUUGUAAAUGUAAGUCAAUAUUUACGCCUAAAGAACAGAAAUUGGAUCUCAAAUCUUUAUUUAGCUGAAUUCACAUCUUUAUAUAACGAAACAGUGGAUGUGAUCGAUGGUGGAAUUAAUAUUCCAGCUGGAUAUGUUGAACUUUACAGUUCGCAAUAUUUCUCCUACUACUCUUCCAGAUACCAAACAAUAGUUUUAAAUAACUUUGCUCGAAUGUUUUGGUACCUUUUACCAAUUGGGUCAUAUAGAAAAAUUGAUAAAUCGAAAAAUACAUUUGAAAAUUGUUACUAUACAAACACUAGCAGUGGAGAGAGUACGGAGUACGAAGUAAAUAAAGCGUUAUGGAGGACUUGCACUACCUUUUCUUUUGAUGAUAUCCCAGAAAGAAUACAGUGGGGAGCUCAAAACACAGUACCACCUAUCACUCGAUGUGAUAGACGAAUAUGUCCAGCUGGUUACACGCAAGUUUUAAAUGUUUCGUCAGACACAAAAAUGAACGGACGUAAGUAUUGGACAUGCAUCGCUUGUACGACAGGCACAAUAAAUCCUUUAAGCGGAAAAGGUGAUUGCACCAAAUGUACAGGAUUAACUGUAUCGAACGAGCAACGAACGGAAUGCUAUGAUCCGUACCGUAACACAUUUUUAGCAUACAACAGCACACAUGGAAAAAUUAUUCUCGCGGUUUCCGUCGCUGGGGCUGUAACCAACUCUAUUAUUGCUGCGACAUUUUUGUACAAUCGAAAAACACCAAUUGUAAGAUCUUCGAAUUUGCUUCUUACGUCAAUACAACAAUCAGCUCAUUUCAUUCUGUUUGUUUCAACGCCUGUUCUUUUUGUUAGUGAACCAAUUCUUCCUCAAUGUCAACUUCGUCAUAUCACCGUGGGAUUAUUGCUCACAAUUAUAUGUUCAUGUGUAUUUGUGAAAAUUCAAAAGCUGAUGUUUAUUUUCCAUUCCAAAAUCAGGUUGUCUGAUCAAGAGAAAGUUUUCGCAACAUUGACAGAUAUGUUUUGGAUUCUUCUUCUAGCUCUGAUACAAAGUUUAUCAGCUAUAAUUUCAUUAGCAAAUAAUCCAGCAGAAGUGAUCCACAUUAUUGACGAAAAGACUUUGAUUAGGAAAGUUUAUUGCAACACUGGAUCUCAUCUUAAUUUUCAGUUUCUCUGCAGCGUAAUUAUCAUGCUGGUUGUUGUUGUGCAAGGUUUGAGAGCUUGGAAGUUACCUUCGUUCUUCAACGAUACCAAGUUAAUCACGGUUGCAAAUUUAAUAUCGGUGUUGAUGUCUGGAUGUAUGAUUCCUUUGUAUUACAGCGCCAGUAAUGAGCGAGUGGAAGAUUUUUUACAAGUUAUGUUGAUUCUCUGUUGCAAUUCAAUUUUGCUAUUUGUAAUGUAUGGUACGAAGACAUAUGUUGUGUUGUUGAAACCAGAAAAGAACACGAAAGCUGCAUUCCGCCUUAAGAUGCAACAACAUUCUCAAGAGCAAGUAAAUUCGUCUUUACAAAACCGACAAUAG